AUGAACCCUUGGCUCUCCGAUCCCUCCUCGACUCCAAACAACCAUGUUGGCUUUGGAGGCCCGAUGGAUGCUGGCAUGUCUUUUCUCCAGCCUCCUCAGACCAUAAAUCCUGCGCAAUUCCAGAAUCCUGCUUUCCUCAAUGGCGCCGCUCGGACUGCCUCGCCUGCCUUCCACAAUCCUAUCUAUCAGACGAAUCCCGUAAUACCUUCCAAAAGAGCAAGGGACGAUAGCUUAGGCGCAUCCCCACGACAGGCACCAGGUGGACUGCCUGGAUCGAGAUCGCAAACACCCGGACAAGCGCUUUUCCCGGGAUACAAUGCGCAAGCAAAUGGCGGCCCUCCGGUUUCGAACGCGCCGACGCACUUUCCACACCUUCAACAACAGACAUCAAACGCCACCCCGUCCCCCACGACUCAGCAAAUAAGCCAAUUUGGCCAGCCUGGUGGUAAUCAACGCGUCUCCACCGCUUCGCCCAGUCCGUUUUCACCGCAACAACAUGGUGGACCUCAUGCUUCGCCCGGCCCAUCGGACCACGCCAGUCGCGUGGGCACGCCUCAUGACAACCCUCACAACUUCAUGCCCAACGGAGGCUUCCCCGCCGGGUACAAUCAAGCUCAAUUCGGGCAGAACAUCAACAACGGAAUGCCUCAAAUGGGGAUCAAUCCGCAAGCAACGAUGGCGCCUCAACACCCGGGGAUGUCGGCCGCACAGAGGAACUAUCAGAUGCAGCUGCAGGCUCAAGCACGCCAGAUGCAGGCACAGAGUCAAGGACCGCCGAUGCGUGGCGCAAACGGCAUGCCAAACAAUCCCGGACAACCCCUCCCUAAUCCACAGAUGCCUCAAGGGCCCCCGGCAGGCUUUCAACCCCCAAAGCCCGGCAACCCAGAAGAAUUCAUAAGGGGUUUGCAGACAUUUAUGGCUGCUCGUGGCAGACCUGUGGACCUGAAUCCUGUGAUUUGUGGCAGACCCCUUCAGCUGUUACGGUUGUAUGCUGCUGUCGUGAAGAAUGGAGGGUCACAAAGGAUAUCGAAGUUGAACCAGUGGGGUGCUGUUGCACAGCAAUUCGGGUUUCCACCACCGCAACAAAUGCAGGCUGCCCAGGAACUUCAGGCCUACUGGAUGAACAAUCUUGGUUCUUACGAGGCUGCGUGGCAGAUGUCGCAACAGAAACAAAGAAUGGCAGCCCAGGCCGUCAUACAAAAUCAAAGUCAACCCCAGAUGUCUCCUUCCCGGGAGAUCCAUCAGCAACAAGAUCCCGGACAUCAAAGAGCACCUUCUGUCAAUGGACAAGUUGGGGUUCAGAUGCCACAGCCUGGCACAAACGGACUCAUCCCUCCCCAUAGUCAAGGACCACAGGAUCUGUCUGCGACGCCGCAGAACCGGCCAAACAUGCCUCGUCAGUACGAUCCGCAACAGAUCACCUCCAUGCAGGCGCAGAUCCAGACACCUCAAAAGCGUCCACAGACCGCACCCAAGCCGGUCGUGCCGGAACCAGAAGCGGAUAAACCUCUGUCGAAGCCCAUUCAAGAUCCGUUCAAACCAGAUGUUCUCCCUCCUAGUCGCUUUCACGGGCCUAUCAAUGUGGAUGAGAUGUUCAUCAUCGGACAGCAUAUCGUGGAGUCCAAGCCUGUCGUCCCUACCGUCAGAGAAAUGGGCAUUAUCGACAUACAUGCCUUGACCAUGGGCAUAAAGUCGGGGCUUCAUGCGGAGACACGACUGGCCCUGGAUACGCUUGUCACCCUCUCCACGGAACCUGCUUUGCAACUAUCUUUGAUGGACUGCGAAGACCUCAUGGAUGCGCUACUCGAUUGUGCUGCGGAUCAGGUCGAGUUCCUCAGUGAGCAUGCCACAGAAGUCUCCGAUGACAUGCUCCUGCCUUCAUACGAAGAGCUAGUACGAGCAUGUCGUUUGGAAAAUGAGUCUCUCCAGGAUGCACCCGAGUUUGGCACAGUUCAAUACGAUCUGGAGCGGGCAGCUGACCGCCUAAUAUGUAUAACCACGCUUAUGCGCAAUUUCUCGUUCUAUGAAGCCAACUUUGGGAUACUUGGCCAACCAGAGGUCAUCAAGUUGCUCAGCACUGUUAUUCGAUACCUGGGCACUAUGGAAAUGUUCCUGCGGAAUCAUCGAAACGCCCUUGACUUCAUGAAGGAUGUUGUCGUCUAUCUUAGCAACUUGUCCACCUCGCUGCAAUUGCCUGGGAAGGAAGAAUCGCUCUGCAUCCUCCACUUUCUUCUCGCCUUUGCGCCCAUGCCUCGACCGACCUCAGGCACAUCGCCCAAGGUAUCGUUUACGAUGUACACCCCGACUUUGCACAAGUACAUGCCUUCGGCUGUGGACAGUCUUGCCAAAUUGUUGGCCCGCGACGAACCCAAUCGAACGUACUAUAAGGCAAUCUUUGCAGCGGACGCUCAUUCAACCCCGCCAUAUGAGUUGUUGACUAGAUGUUUUGGACUUGCGAUCUCCCCAAUACCCGCGACUUCGAGUCAUACAAGGACCAUCAUUGAAACACGAAAGCCUUUCCUGCUGCAAGGGAUGCUGGCAGCUGAGAUUUUGGCCGGCCUCGCGCCCGGUUCCGACCAUCCUUUGGCGCGCUCGUGGCUGGAAUCCGAAGAUGGCUUUGCUGGCAACCUGUUGCGCUUGGUGGGAAUUCUCAGCGCUGACAGAACGACACAAAUGGCCCCAAAGCACCCACAGGCAAACGGCAGAAACAACCCGGAACCCGAUGCCAACGGUUAUGGAGCGAUUGCGAAUCGUGCGAUGGCUGUUUUGAAGACUUUGGUCCAGAAGGCACGUACUGUCAACGAGCAUGGUUCCACGACUGUUCCCUUGGGUGUUAUGCCGAGGAAAGAAAGCCUUCUAGGCGCUAUGAUCCAGAAGGACAUCGAUCCUGGCAUCUUACGGCAGUUGUGCGUCUUUGCUGGCUUGGAGGAAUGA